CCCUAUUUCAUUUACACGUAGGGUCUGUUCACGUGUGGUUGUGUGUCGCUAAUUUUAUAUUAGUAUCACACACCACUGACAUAAUCUUUGUCAUAAAACUUUAAAAAAAAAUCCAAAAAAAUCAUAAAAUCUUAAAAAAUCUAAAUAAAAAUUGCAAAGGGUUUUGAAACAGAAGUGAUUUAGAAACAUCUAUACUAUAGUUUGUGGCAUUGUUGGUUAUAACUCGGCAGCAAAAUGAAUCCUAGUGGACCUAGUUACCCUCUUGCUUCCUUGUACGUUGGUGAUCUCCAUGCAGAUUGCACUGAGGCUAUGCUUUUUGAGAAGUUCUCAUCUGCUGGGCCUGUGUUAUCCAUCAGAGUAUGUCGUGAUAUGAUCACUAGAAGGUCUCUGGGCUACGCAUAUGUAAACUUCCAGCAACCUGCAGAUGCAGAGAGAGCUCUUGAUACAAUGAAUUUUGAUGUAAUGAAGGGUAAGCCCAUCCGUAUCAUGUGGUCUCAACGUGAUCCAUCUUUAAGAAAGUCCGGGGUAGGAAAUGUUUUCAUCAAGAAUUUAGAUAAGUCAAUUGACAAUAAGGCAAUGUAUGACACCUUCAGUGCCUUCGGAAAUAUCCUUAGUUGCAAGGUUGCAACAGACGAGAUGGGUAAUUCUAAAGGAUAUGGGUUUGUCCACUUUGAGACAGAAGAAGCUGCGCGCAAUGCUAUACAAAAAGUAAACGGCAUGUUGCUGAACGGUAAGAAAGUGUACGUAGGAAAGUUCAUCCCAAGAGCUGAACGUGAAAAAGAACUGGGAGAGAAAGCCAAACGCUUCACUAACGUGUAUGUCAAGAACUUUGGCGAAGAUUUGGAUGAUGACAAGCUCUACGAGGUAUUCAGUGCUUUUGGCAAGAUUAGCAGUCACAGGGUUAUGGUUACUGAUGAUGGAAAGAGCAAAGGAUUUGGUUUUGUUGCCUUUGAGGAACCAGAAGCUGCUGAGAAGGCUUGUGAGGAAUAUAAUGGCAAGGAAUUGAAUGGGAAAAUCAUUUAUGUUGGGAGAGCCCAGAAGAAGGGAGAACGUCAGGCAGAGUUGAAAAAGAAGUUCGAGUUGCUGAAGAUUGAGCGCAUGAACAGGUACCAGGGAGUAAAUCUUUACAUCAAGAACUUGGAUGACUCUAUUGAUGACGAACGUCUGCGAAAGGAGUUCUCUAACUAUGGUACCAUCACUAGUGCCAAGGUUAUGACUGAAGAUGGUCGAUCCAAAGGAUUUGGCUUUGUUUGUUUCUCUACCCCUGAAGAAGCAACUCGUGCUGUCACAGAAAUGAAUGGCCGUAUUCUAGUAAGCAAACCCUUGUAUGUAGCACUUGCCCAGCGCCGUGAGGACCGUAAGGCCCAUCUAGCUUCACAGUACAUGCAGCGUGUUGCUGGCAUGCGCAUGCAGCAAAUGGGACAGAUGUUCCAACCUGGUGGCACCAGCUAUUUUAUGCCAACCAUGCCACAAGCUCAGCGCUUCUACUCGCCACAGAUGGCACAAAUCAGAGCUACUCCUCGUUGGCCUGCUCAGCCAACAGCCCAAGUGCGUGCAGGUGCUCAAGCCACUACGACCUUCCCUAUGCAAGCUGCUCCAUUCAGGACAGCACCCCGUCAAGCUCAGCCAGGUCCUCGCAACGUCAGACCCAUGGCAGCUGCAGCUGCAGCAGCUCAGCAACAACCCAUUCCCAACCUGCUACAAGCAGGUCGCCCAGUGGCCCCCAACGCAGGCGGUGUUCCUCCUGCAGCAAUUUCCAAUGCUGCCCGUGCUUCCAACUACAAGUACACAAACAACAUGCGCAACCCUCCUGCAGUUUCAGGUGGUGGCCCAGCUGCUGCAGCUGCUGUGGCUCCUGUGGCUCAGCCAGCUGUCCACAUCCAGGGUCAGGAGCCACUCACUCCAUCCAUGCUUGCUUCUGCCAUGCCUCAGGAGCAGAAACAAAUGCUUGGAGAACGUCUCUUCCCACUCAUUCGGGAAAUCUACCCAGAGCUUGCGGGUAAGAUCACUGGAAUGUUGUUGGAGAUUGACAACUCUGACCUUUUGCAUAUGCUUGAGGAUAGGAACUCGCUCAAAAAUAAAGUCGAAGAGGCUGUUGCUGUGCUUCAGGCCCACCAGGCUAAACAACAAGUUGCUGCCGUCGUGGCUGCUCAGAAGAAGGAAGACGUUUAAAUAGUAACUAACAAUGGAAGAUAAGCAGCCUGUAGUUGUCAUUUUAUUUUCUACAAGGUUAACUUUUUAUUAAUAUGUGCCCAAUCAUUGGAGUGUUUUACUAAUUUGGUUUAUUUUACAAAGGUCUAAGGUUUAUAAAUGGCCAAUGAUUAUUUGCACACUGUUAACUCCAAUUGAUGAGGCAUAAUCAUUUAGCUUGACCGCAACCACGUGAACAGUCUUUUGUCAAGGUAGGUGUCAGUAUAUAUAAAUAUAAAAAACCUAAAAAAAAUUGCAAAAUGAAAAAACCUAUAUUAAAGCCACUAGUUGGUUAUAAUGUAGCUAAAGUUCAUUAUAAUGCAACAUGGCAAGUCAGAACAUCAAUCAUGGUAGAAUAAUGAAAGGGAGUACUUUUUUUUUAUGUUCCGACAUGCCUACUUUUAUAAGGUGAAAGUGAUAAAAUUU